AUGACCUCUUUGUGGCGCCGGAUCCUCCCCCAACGCGUCGCCAACACCGGCUCCCAAUUGCGUGACCACCAAGCGAACGAAAGAACUUUUCUCUCAUGGACACGCAUGGGGCUGGGCUUCGCAGCCAUGGCGCUGGCCCUCGGCCGUCUAGAUGCAAUUGAUCGCAUGCUCUCCUCGGCAUUGUCAAGCACCAAACUGAACGUAGUCGUGAUUCCCGAGAAUGCCGGAGCCGGAGCCGCGCGCUCGGGCAACAGCAGCAGCCAACUGGAAGAACCGCAGCAUUCCGCAACGCCAAAUCACAUCAGCCUGUAUUUGGAAAGUGGGUUUUCUGCAGCGACGCUCUGCCAAGCCAUCAGUGUGUGGUCGUUUGGGUAUGGGAUUUUUCGGUAUCUGUCAGUGAGGCGGAAUCUGCUCAAGGGGCAGUUUACGCCCGCGAUCUGGGGGCCCGCUUUUAUGACGUGUGGGUGUUUGGGGGUGUUUGGUACGAUGGGCGUGUGGAUGGAGCGGAGGAAUGCAGGACGGAGGCGUUCGAGCUAA